CAACUGGUUUGGCACAAGGGACACAGGAAGUCUAUUUAUGUUGUACAGGUUUUCUAUUAUUUUUCAUAGGUUCUACUUUAUGCUUAUUCAAGUGUUUUUUUUUAUUCUAUUUUGUUGUACCACAUUCUGAGGAAGGUGGUCAUAAUGAUAUGCCAGAUUAAUAAAUAUUUUUUUUGUUUAUUUUUACUAGCUUUCGCUGAUACACUCUCUCUACACAUAUUAAGAAAUAUUUUCAUUACUUCCGCUCCCGUACAUUCCCAGAAGCCUAACGGUUUGGCUCGGUAGAAAGCGACCACGCGCGCAAACACGCGCGCAAACACGCAUGCGCGCACGCGUACUGUAGUUACUGUACUUUGGGGAGGGGGGGACUCCUCUCGCGGGACUGUCCCCUGAAACAUCGCGGAGUUUCCUACUAUUUUGUGUUUUGGUGGCGGCACAAGGAGGAGGACGCAUCAGGCAGUGAGCCAGCGGCGAGCCGUGGAGGCGAGUCCAAGAAAGGUGGAGACUCCUGGGCAACUUCCUGCACAAUAAUCUUGAAACACCACCGAGAGAGGGAGGGAGAGAGAGAGAGAGAACUGGGUAGGCUGCUGCCACUGGUGCUGCCGCUGGGGCAAGGACGAAUGGAUAUAAGGCUCACCUGAGGUUGUUUUUCGGCAGCGAAUCGAUAGAAACCACUUUGUGGUUGAUUGUACUCGCCCACCUACUGACUGGUAGCUGGCUCGCAGCAGCGAGGCGGCUGGAUAAGACGAUCCCGACAUUUGAUAGCGAGGCGUAGCGAAGAACAGGAAUGGAGGUUCUGGUGGAGUACGAGUACGAGGCGCUCCACGAGGACGAGCUGACACUGCGACCGGGCGACAUCAUCAAGAAUGUGCGCUACAUAGAGGAGGACGGCUGGAUGGAGGGAGACCUCAACGGGAAAAGGGGCCUUUUCCCCGACAACUUUGUUAAGGAAUUGAAAAAAGAUUCCAAAGAGGAAACAAAGAAUGAGCCAAAAGCAGAGUCCUCUCCGCCACCGCAGAGGAGAGAGAAGAGUGCAGGGAACGUGGCCAGCCUGGUUCACAGGAUGAGUGCCAUCGGCAUCCCGACGGGUGGUUUCCAUCCUCAGCCCCCGGCAGCUUCAAAGAAGCCUAAGAGGAGGCAGUGCAAGGUGGUGUUUGAUUACCAGCCGCAGAAUGAAGAUGAACUGGAGCUGAAAACUGGAGAGAUCAUAGACAUCACUGAAGAGGUUGAAGAAGGCUGGUGGAGCGGCAGCUUGAACGGAAAAUCGGGGCUCUUUCCCUCCAACUUCGUCAAAGAGCUGGACCCCAUGGGAGAGGACGGAGAGCCCAAAGAGCCCAAAGAGCCCAACGACGCUGCUGCAGACGAGAUCGAUGGAAGUGGAGCAGAAAGCGCCGCCACCCCCACAUCGCCUCCGCCCACCUCAGGCAAUGGAGUUAUCGCUCAGCCCAAGAAAGUCCGAGGCAUCGGCUUUGGAGAUAUUUUCAGAGAAGGCUCGGUAAAACUAAGAGCCAGGGUGCCCAGCGCAGAAAUAGAAGAAAAGAAGGAAAGACCUGUCCCAUCAUUACCAUCAGCUGCAAAGCCCACCCACGUCAACUUGAUGGACGGCCAGAGAGCGAACGGAGAUGGCAAAUCCAAAGAUGCCGAUAUUUGUUUGGUUUCCUCAGCGAAAGAGUACUGCAAGGUUACAUUUGGUUUCACUGCCACACACGAGGAUGAGCUGAGCCUGAAAGAGGGUGAUAUCAUCCAUGUACUGACCAAGGACACAGGAGAGCCCGGCUGGUGGCGAGGAGAGAUUGGAGGCAUGGAAGGCGUCUUCCCCGACAACUUUGUCGUCAUGAUUUCUGAAGCAGAUAAAGAGGCUCCUGCAUCGCGAGGGUCAAUAAAAUCGUCACCUAGGCAGGACCCGGAAGAGCCUUCCUCUCUGAAACCGAAGAAACCACCUCCACCGUCAAAAAGCCCAGCUCUCAAGCCAGAGGUCCCCAGCGCCGACAAGAAGCCUCAUCUCAUCAGGCCAGAAGACAGAGCUGACAAACCCACGCCAGAUCCCAAACCUUCCAAGCCUGCAGCACCUGUGGUCCCGCCCAAGAAGCCGGUCCCUCUCCCAGGGAAACCCAGAGCAGGUGGCAUCGCACCCAAGAGGCCAGACAAGCCUCUCGCUCCCUCGCCAAACCUCAAGCACAAUGGAGAGGUGCCUGCCCCACGACCAAAGUCCGACUUCGAGCCAGUAUUGUCCACUAAACACAAAAGACUGUCUGGAGACUGGGCAGAGAAGUCCUCAGAUCAGGAUCUGAUGGGUUUUGAUGACUUGUCGUCUACCUCGGAGAAGCUCUCUCACCCCACGGCUAACAGACCAAAGAUGCCUGGCAGGAGGCUGCCUGCCCACUUUGGCGGAGGACAUUCGCCUCCCAAGGAAAUGAAUGUGGAUAAAUCCUUCAAGAUUGAUGAAGAGGAUGCAGCCAAACCAAAGCUAACAGAAGCCAGAAAGCCUACCGCAAGCACCUUAACCCAGUCACCGUCAUUCCAUAAGCCCGCCGAGACCAAGCCCCCCCCUGCAGCAGUGCCCAUCUCAGAUGCCAGUGUGUCUCAGGGCAGCAGGGCCCAGCAUGAGCCCGAAGAGCCAAGCUCCCAGCUGACUGAGCUCAGGAACCAGAUGAAGGAGCUGCUGCUGUCUGUGGAGCUGCUCAAGGCCCAACAAAUGAAAGAGAUAGCGGAGCUUCGAGGGGAGCUGGAUGAAGAAAGGCUAAAGCGCCUGGCCCUGCAGAUGGAGAUAGAGAAGCUAAAGAGGACCGUCCACUCGACGUGAAGCCUGCGAUCCAGUCAGCAGCAAGCCUCGAGGUCAGCCGCCGGCCUGUCGACCAACCAGGAGAGCAGGAGGGCGGCUGCAGACGGAUAGUUGAACGGUCGGAGAGAGGGUGGAGGAUCACCCGAACCACCCUGAGCACAAUCCAUUUACAGUGAUCUAUAAAAACAAACUCUCCCCAUAUCUGUAAGAUUUACAUUUUGCACAUAUAAAUUUUUUUUUUUCCCUCAAGUUAGGUGUAAUUAAAUCCAGAUGUAUAUGUUUCUCUUCUUUUUAUUUUUUAUUUUGCCAACACAAAAACAAAACUGAGGCCUUACUUCAAACUACUGCGCUGGAUUCACAACUCUGCCACUCCCGCCCUCUCCAGUUCACUCUGGCUUAACUCAAACUCCUCAGGAACGAGGUCCGCACAGUACUACUGACUUUCUUUAAAGCAGGGGGCGCUUGUUUUGCCUAACGUCCGAUCUCCUAUUUUUUAAUGUGGCACAAAUGGUUGAUUUUUUUUUUCCUUUUCUUUUUUUUUUCUUUUUUUUUAAGAAAAAAAGUAAGACGUUUGAUUUGAAUCAACGUCUUUGGAUUUGAAUGAUUUUCCUUUCUUACACGAGCGCCUGUCGACAGCACCACAACACGGCUGCAGCUCUGCAGAGAGAGCUCUCGCUUGCUCUUUUCUUUUGUCUUUUAUAUGUUUUCUAGCAUUCCUAUCCAGGGUAACACUACUGUGCCUGUUUAAAAACAACAAAAAAAAUCUAUUAAGUGUUUGUAAUGGGUUCUGGAAUAUUUGCAGCAUGAUAUUGUAUAUCUAUAUUUUUAAAUCUACUGACAUGCCUAGUCAAAUUUAGGGACUGUUCUAUGCUGGUCUCUUCUAUUUUUGUCACUGUUUCACCCGUUGGGAAUGUUCUCAGAAGUUUAACCAGAUUUCUAAUAUAUAAAACAAAUGUGCAAAACACCCAUCUGAAGCAGAGAAAGGAGGAGAGGCAUUGCUCUCCUUCCUCUCUACAAUUUUCCUCUGGCUUUUAAUCUGGCCACAUUUCCUCCUAAUCCCUGUCGCUGUUCACUCUACCUGCUCCACCCCUUUCCCCCAUCCGUCGUACGAUCUGAGCGGAGUCUCAUCUUUCUGCUCUGUCAUCUAUUAUGCAUGAGCGUCACCAUCACAGUCCACGCUUCUUCUCUCUCAUCUCAGUGUUUGCAUACAUUCCAACUGCAUAAGUUAAGCUAACUGGAAGGACGCACAACAAAACACACUCCCGUUCUACUUAACUCUGUUGGAGGAACGCGGUUUUAGCCCCUCUGUGUAGAUUUAUGUCUUUCUGAUGUCCUUUACAGUUUUAAACUGGAGAGAACCGAUGUGCGUAUCAGUGGCUGAGAAGCCAGUUACUUGCUCAGGUUGGUUCAAAGCAGAAACACAAUAAAUGUUUGACGGAUUGAUAUGAGAAUGUAUUACAUGUUUCAAGUCUUCACCGAGUUAUCUCCGCGUCACAAACGUUUUCACUGGCACCAAAUUUGGUAUGAACGCGUAACAUUUGUCGACCGCGAGUUUUCAUCUAUCGCCGCCAUCGGGCACAAACGAUAGAAUCCCCAAGUCCCCGUCCAGACGAGAUUUCCAGCUGAUGUUUGUAAAUUUAAAUUUUUUAUGGCCGGUGGAAAAUUAAUUUAACUCAAAUUAAAAUAAAUAAUAAAUAACUUACAGACACGUGGUCUUAAACAGUUAGAUGUGGUCUGAUGAGAAAGAACAUGUGUUGGGAUUCAUGUUUGGAGCUAACACAGCUCGCUCUCGGUGUUCGACUUCUGCUCUGAUCCAACACACGGGGGCUCAGAAACAGGGCGUAUCGUUCGCUUCUAUACGUUGUUUUUAUCUCAAGCAGUUUCAGUAGUGCAGGGCCACAGCUACUGACGUUUGCUCCGUUCAUAUCCAAGUAACUGGAUCCUCGUCUGUUGCUUGCAAGGGUUCGGGGCUACAGAAAAUGUUGGGCGUGGAGCAGAACUGAUGGAAUGUGGGAUGAGGUUUCCCCUCAGGUCCGACCUGUAGCCCUGAGCUCUGAGCGUACAGCGAGUGCUUCAUGCUGAUGAGCAGCUUAUCUUGGUGCCGAGGCACUUUUAAACAAGCACCAAACGCAGCCCUCUCCUCCGGCCUCAGUGCAACUUUUGAGUCCAGAGACGCAGCGUUCAAGUGGGUCGUUCCGCAACCGUUUCCCAUCGUCAUUUCGUCUAUUUUUUUUUUUUUAAUCUCCUUUUACAAGUCUUAGAAAUGUCUUAAAGAAGCGGCGCUUUCCGUGCGAAUCCUCCUCAGGGUUGGUUCCUGUGAUGUGAUGUGUGUGCAAGUGAAUCCGCCUCCACCACGUUAAAUUCUGAGCAACCCCCCGGAGCGCUUUGACCAAGUCAAUACUCUAUAUCUGACCUUAAAGAGCAAUAUGUCGACGCCUGCCGUCAAACAAACUUCCCUUAAGCGCGCGGCUCUUUAACAGUAUGGCGGGGAUAAGGGGUAGGUGGGUUUCUGUGACGACUCUUGAUGUGAUACCUGUAAUACUGCUUAUCUUCCACAUAUCGUACAUUCCAGACUUUGACACCGACACAAGAGGAAAUCUGUGCACAUUUAUAAUAUCAUAUUUUCAAGUGAUUUUGUUUACAUGAGCUGUAUCCUUGCAUGAGCUGAGAUUCUUUGCAAAAAUGAAUAAAUAUCCUCUUUAUUUACUGUCA